ACAGUCGGGUUUUCUGGAAUUAGUCAAUUUAACCCAAAAUAUAUUCGGGACAAACGGAGGCCAGCAACCAGCAGGGUCAUUUAAUCCCAAUCAGAUGUUGGGUAGAAAGCGACGUCAGACUCAAACCGGGGUAUCAGGUUCAGCUGUUCCACCACCUAGUGUAUCAUCAGGCAGUGGCACGGCUUCCAGUGGUUCAUCAGCAAGCGGGACUAGUUCUGGCAGUUCGUCUGUAGGAUCUGCCAGUGGAACAAGCUCGGGCAGUUCUUCCAGUGUAACAAGUUCGGGCAGUACUUCCAGUGGAACAAGUUCGGGCGGCAGUAGUUCCAUUGGAUCAAGUUCCGGCAGUUCUCAGACUGGAUCGGGGUCUAGCUCAGGCGCAUUGCAACAGAACAUGCAGCCGCCGUCAUUUCUGUUAAAUCCGUCUCAAUUUUUAAAUGGUGGCAGUGCUGGGGGCAGUGGUGCAAGCAGUAGUGGUGCAAGCAGUGGUGGAAGUACCGGAAGCGGAAACUUCAUCUGGUGGUAGUGGUUCAUCAAGUGGAAGUACUUCCGGCGGAAGUAGUUCAGGUGGUAACUCUUCAAGUGGAAGUAGUUCCGGAGGAGGACAGAUGCCAAAGUUUGAUCCCAACAAAGUAAAUAUGAUAAAUACAAAUUUCAUGGAUCCGUCCUCGUCCAAGCUUGGUCAGGGUGGCGGUGCAGCUGGUGGGUUUGAUCCCGAUGCCUUCAACUCCCAGACAUUUAGUUUCUUCAAUCCUUCAGCGUUCACAGGAAAACGACGUCGUAGAACAGUGCACAAGAUCAAACGCCAGUCCCAAACUGGGGGUAGUGGAGGGCAAGCUCCAAGCUUUGAUCCAAACAGCGUUAAUCAAUUAACAGCCAAUAUGUUAGACCCUAGCAAGCAACAACUCGGUGCUAGUAAUGGUGCUGGCUCGGUUAAUGGUGCAUCAUUUGACCCUGAUCAGUUCAACACAAUGAAGUUUAACUUCUUUAACCCUCAAGCUCAGUCAGGCGGUGGCGGGGGCAGUAGUAGUGGUGGCAGCAGCAGUGGGGGCGGAUCUGCGCCGACUUUUGACGCAAACAAAGUCAAUCAAGUGCAGACAAAUUUUCUAGACCCUUCCCAGUCCAAACUAGGUCAAAGUGGGGGCGGAGGGGGCAGCGUAUCUACUGGAAAUUUUGACCCAGAUAAAUACAACUCGAUGUCUUUUAACUUUUUCAACCCACAAGCUCAAGUUGGGAAAUAAAUUUGAAAAUGCAAGUGUGUAAUAAAGUGCUAAUAAAGUCAGCUAAAAUUUUG